UACCAUGUCGAAAUAUGGUUUCGCCACUGUGAGUUCACACUGAGUUCUUAUAUUUGCCAUAUUUUGAUAACCGUUUCCUGUCUAGAAAUACAUGAUAAAUUCACUGCUGGAACCUUAACCCAGAUUUAUCUUGAGCCAAGAAUCUAAAUAUUCUAACAACUUCUGAAGUUGAAAAAGGUACAUACAAACUCUUAGCUAUAACCCAAAUGCACACAUUGAAAAAAUCAAAGCCUAAAAAUCUAUUUGACUUUAAAUAAACAUAAUUAUUUAUAAAAACGAAUCGGCUGCAAUAAUUGGAGACUUUAAAAAUGACAAAAUGUUUUAUUUUCUUUGUUUGUUUUAUGGUUUUACCAAACAUAACAACGCCAAAACAGUCACCUGAAGCUAAAAUUAAAGUUAAACUGUCCGAUAAAUUUAUUGACCAAGUUUUUCGCCAAUUUUCUGAGUUGCUGAGUGAAAAAAUGCACAGCUGGAGAUAUUCAUUGGAUUUCGACGACAACUUCAUGACUUCUACCAAGGAUGGAACAGUCUUGAUUGGAUCAUUCAGGGAUCCAAUUUUAACAGUGGGCAAAGAACCUUCGAGUAAAAAGAUCUCAAUCACUGCCACGUUUCCCGCUCUCACUCUUCAGUGGAACUACCAGCUGUAUGCUUCUGCCUUCCGGGUCAAAGUGUACUGGGGCAGAGCGAGGUUGAACUUCAGACUGACGAAUCUGGCGAUAACCUUUAACCUACCCGGGGUCAGUUUAACCCCUGAAGGAUCUACGUUGUCAUCGGGCAAUUUGGAGUAUGCUUUGAAGAUGGACGGACCUGUUUCGUGGACUAGCAAGGACUGGUAUCUGCAAAAAUGGAACUUUGAGAAAGAAUUCGGGCAGGGCGAAGACUACGGUGCUAAACUACUGCAGUCGAAGUACCAGAACCAAGUAUUGCGAAACCUCACGAGAACCUUGGCAAACUGCCUCGACGAAGACACAAGUGUAAAUAUUGAUACAAUCACGCGUUUUCUCAAUGAUUCGGUCGGAAAACUACCCAAAUUAUCUGCCAGUGAACCUCUUCUUAAAGUCAACAACGACAAAUUAGCCAAGUUGAAUGUAGCGCAACUAUACGAAUACGUUUCAAUUGGCCUUUACAGCAACAACCGCUCUGUUUGGUUUUCCAUCAACCUCAAGUCCACAAUCGGAACACGAAAUCGACGCAGGCACGUAGCCGAAUUUAAAAAUGGGGAGGAACUAGAGGCGGAUUGUGAGGAUGAGAAACCGGACCAGGAUUUGAGCGUGGCUGUAAAAAGAGUUCCCUACAAGAUUGACUUAAGCAGUGAAUCAGCUCAGUUAAACGCUCUGAAAUCUUUGGACUAUGAUCUUUUCCAUGAGAAGGUCAUUGGUCCCUGGAAAGAUGAAGUCCACACUCUGGUGGAUAGAGGAAACGAAGUGAAGCUAACGGGUCAUAACGUCUCCUUUCAACAAAUUGGCCAGACUACUGGAUCUCGACUGGAAAGAAAAGGAUCGUGGACUUUCUCCGAAAUUGAAGUUGACAGGCACAGCGACUUCUUCGGAAAACUGAAAACUUAUUCUAUCCCCUUCACCAUUUCGGCCACCUCUAUGACGGUGAACACUCGAUCGAGUGGAACUUCUUUCUUCCACAACUACCUGUCAAGCUGCAAAAUGAGCAACAAUGAAGAAAAUCCGUGCACCGAAUGCCAUGAAAACGAACAAAUUAAAAGCUACGUUCAAUCGAGAAUGAGAUCUUUAGGCGACUUGAUUUCGAAAGCCAAUUCUAACCUUACAAUUGAAUGGAAGGUCAAUCUGCCGAGUCAAUUCUCCUAUAGCAGUUUGAAAUCUGAUUGGACAGUUUAUGAGUCAGUGAUGGACGUGCAGCUCCAUAGCAACAUCCUCAACAACAACGAACACUGACAAGAGUCACACGGUUUAAACAAAAAACAGAUCUAUUUUAAAAAUUUCGGUUUUCCAAGAAGGGGGGUUGUCCUCGAUAUUAGACUCACAAUUAGUUUCCUGCAUGAAACUCGCCAACCAGUUUUUUAAUCAAACACAGGGUAAUAGUAAGUAGAAGUCAAAAAUUGUAAAAUGGAUCUGAGAAAAAAUAGUACGGAAAAACUGACCACUUCAUAGAUUGCUGACGAUAGUAAAGAUAUAAUUUAGAUUAA